ACAUGCGGAAGUGAUGCAGGUCGCGUUCCUCCAUCAGCUAAUCCGUUUUAGUGAUGCAAAAUGUCUGAAUAGAGCUGAUGCAGUGCAGUGUUGUUAGUUAAACUCCCCGAGCUUCGUCGUUGACCUUUAAACAGCACGUGCGUUGAGAUGGAUCCGUCCAGGAGGUGCGAGACUGACUGGCAGGGAACGCUCAACGAGUUCCUUAUUUGUAAGCGGAAGUUGGAGAGCAAGAAGGAAGCUCUUCUAAUUCUGUCUAAAGAGCUGGACACCUGCCAGCAGGAGAGGGAUCAGUACAAACUGAUGGCCAACCAGCUCCGUGAACGACACCAGGCACUCAAGAAGAAGUACAGAGAACUCAUUGAUGGAGAUCCCUCUUUGCCUCCUGAGAAAAGAAAUCAAGUGAAUUUAGCCCAGCUGCUACGAGACUCCAGGGAGAAGAGCAGUCAACUUUCGGAGGAGGUGAAGGAGCUGAAACAGCGACUGGUAGAAGCUCAGGGUGAUAACAAGCUCCUACGAAUGACCAUCACUAAACAGAGGCUGGGCGAUGAGGAGGUGGGCACCCGACACUUUCCUGCUCAUGAGAGAGAAGAUCUGGUUAAACAGCUGGAACGAGCAAGAGAACAGAAUGAGGUGCUGGAGCACAGCGUGAAGUCGCUCACAGAUGAGCUUCAGGACGUUCGGGCAGAGCGGGACGUCUUCCAGCAGAAGGCUCAUCGGCUCAACGUAGAAAUGAACCACAUUGUGGGGAACGAUGACGUUCGGAUUCUAGACAUAGAUGCACUCUGCAUGGAGAACAGAUAUUUGCAUGAGCGGCUCAGUCAGCUUCAAGAAGAGGUCAACCUUCUAAAAACAAACCUGGUCAAGUAUAAGAGUGCUCUGGAGAGCAGGAAGAACUCAAAAACCAGCGGCAAACCCAACAGCAGUGCUCUAACUGGAGUGCUUUCUGCCAAACAAGUGAAGGAGCUGUUACUAUCUGAGGAGAAUGGCUGCAGUUUGCCGGUGACUCCUCAGUCCAUUUCAGACCUCAAGUCUCUGGCCACGGCGCUGCUGGAAACAAUCCAUGAGAAGAACAUGGUGAUCCAGCACCAGAGGCAGAUCAACAAGAUUCUUGGAAAUCGAGUAGCAGAGCUGGAGAAAAAACUGAAAACACUAGAGAUGUCUGGAUUAUGGAGUCUUCCAGGCCUGACUUAUAAUGUGUCUCUGGGAAUAUAUGGAAGAGGAAAAGAUGCAAUCAUCCUGAACACUCAGCAAGUUGAAUCUCCACAUGUGGCAAGACAGGAAGGUAUGAUGGUUUCUGAAAAUAUACCUUCCACCCAGCAGAAGACCCCAGAAGUUCCAGACCAAGUUAGUGAAACAACAGCUGUGUCAGAUUUUCAAGAAGAUGCACCAUCGCCGUCCAGCAUGGAAACGUCUCACCAGAGCGUUUUACAGCAGACAUCCAGCCCUCACACAGAAAUAACAAAUAUUAAGGACUGUCAUGAAAGUGGCCAAUCAGAGAUCGCAGAGGAUUGUACUGUUUUAACGGCCAAACCUGAGUGUCUGAGUGACUCCGCUCCUGAAGUGUUGAGUAAACCCCAUUUACUGUCUACCUGUCUACCUUUGGAGAACUUCCAGCCAAUGAGAGGAGAGGACGAGUCAGACGGAUGUUCUAGAGAGGCAGAAACUGAGCAGAUUACAACAGAGAAAGAUGUUAUUGCGUCGCCUGCUGUUGUCUCUGAAGAGCACCAGCAGGACAUCCAGUUAAACCAGCUGACAGAUGUGUGUAAUAGCCAGGAGACAUAAAGUCCUCCAGGAGCUACCAUCCUGUUUUAGUGUUUAGAGAGAAACAUAUUUAUGACCAAAAAUAUCUGAAACUGAUGCUUUGACUUACUUUUGAGAAAUAGAAUCUGAAUUUAACUGAAGAAGAAAUUCAUUCAUUUUCUAUACCACUUAUUCCAAUUCAGGGUCGAUGGGAAGAUGGAGCUUAUCCCAGCUUUAGCAGGCGAGGGGCAGGGUACACCCAGGACAGGUUGCCAGUCCAUCGCAGGGCCAGUAUAGAAAGGCAAACAACCACUGUAAGCAUCUCAUUAACCUAAAAUGCAUGUCUUUGGAUGGUGGGAUGAGGCCGGAGUACCUGGAGAGAACCCAUGCAUACAUGCGGAGAACAUGCAAAGUCCAUAUAGAAUGGCCACUGUUCAAACUGCUGUCAACUGAUCAAGAGUCUAAAUGUGAAGUUAUUAUAAACCAGUGUUUGUUAGAAGGAAAUGGAUGGAGAACUAAGGACGUUCAUCUUCCAGCCUCACCAGGCAUAUCCUCAGUAACUCAACAUGUGAUUACCGCUGUGUCGAAAAAAUGCACACCCAUCUACUGCUAACACCAUUUAAGAAGCUCUCUGGUUUCUAAUCAACCAUAAUGCACAUUAUAGUAUUUUUUUAUCGGGUUUAUAUUGUGACAGUUUGUGUGAGCAAAUGUUGUCUAGAAGCUGCAAACUUGGACUAAAUUUCCUUACAGAAAGUAUUUUAAAUUAUAGAACGCUGCAUGGCCACAUUUUAUUAAAGGUAAAUGCAUUUUCAGUAAUGUUGUCUUGGUUUAAUAGAUCUCAAAGAAUUUAAUUGAAAAAUAUUCUCAAUAUAUAUCAAAAGACAAGGUCUUCACAAAAACAGAGUAUAAAAAAGGUGAUUUAUUAGUUAAUAUAUUGUGAUAUAUAGUGACUGUAUCUACUGCAGAGUUUCUUUUUUUUUUUUUACAUU